GAAGGCUGUGUUGGCGUUUCCCCUUACUUCUGUGGCUCCUGAAAGUGGGCUAAACGAAACGACUCACAGGGAAACAAUUUCUGGGUUUGUUCCGAGACAUGAAAAGGAAAAUGUUGAUGGUAAGAUGAAAGAACUUGCUGAGGAGCCUAUAGCUGUUGUUAUAAAGAAGGAAGCCAUUGAAACUUGUUUGGUUGAGUCGGAUGAUGACAACUCUAUGGUGAAUUCUUCUGCUGUCUUCGUCAAUAAAUGUGAUUUUGAUAACAAAUAUUUAGUUGAAGUGCUUGAUAAGGUUAGUGAAAGAGAGGACUCGAAGCACUCUGACAAUGUUGCAAGCAACAUAGUGGACCCUUUUCUUAGAGAUAUUAUAAAACAAUGCACACAUGAAUUUUCUUCUUCAUCAACUUCUAAAUUAGAGAACUGUCAAAUAACCAGUCAAGAUGAACAUCUGGUAGUUGGCUCUACAAAGUGUGAGAGCCCAGCUCCCAAUUUCGGUGUAUUAUCAAUGCUUCAGCAUCACAUAAACUUGCCUACUGAAUUGCGUCAGAAGUAUGGCCAGCCAAAAAUGCAAUUUGAAGAAAUAAUUUCUUUUGAUAGAAGAGAUGCGCUUCUAGUUUCUGUUGAAAAUUCUACGGAAUUCAUUGAAUCUGAUUGUGAAAAGUCAGGAUCUUUCUCAGAAAAUGACAGACGGUUGGUUGGGAAUAGAAAGAAUGGUUUUUCUGAUUCACACCUCAACGAAAGAAUAGUUUCAUUGGUGUCCCAAUUUAAAGCUUCUGAUAGUCUAGAAAGCCAUGAUAAUUUUGCGGAUGGAUGGCAUCAUGGUUGCACAGAUAAAAAUAACUGUUCUGGUGCCAUUUGUAACCAAGAAAGUUUGGAUAUAGGAAGUGAUAGGAAGUGCAGUAUGGUAAAUGAGAAUUGUGGUGGGCUGGUAAGCCAAUCUAUGCAACCUUUAUUAAACUGUAUUAUUUCUCAAAUGGAUCACAUAAUCCCGCCUGUUGACAAACUUGUAUCAGUUGAUGCUCCUUAUUCCAUGACAGAGGCUAUAUCUCCUUAUGUCAGACCACUACAUGAAGGGACAGAACAAGCUUCGCAUUAUCAUGGUGGUUUUACGACAACAGAGAAUUUGCUUGAAGUUGUUGAAUGGGAUCCUCAGAUUGAGAAGUUGAUGCCUUCUUCACAAGUUCUCAUGUCAAACAGAUGCUCAGAAGAAAGGCCAUGUACUGUGGUCUCUGAUUUGACUGAUUCAGUGAACCCAUCUGGACAAAUCCUUUGCCAUCGUUCUGUCUCCCAACUCCAUGACAUUCAAGCCAAGAACACUGUUGCAGAUCUCUCUGCCAGCUCUUCUUUAGAGUCCUCUACCCAAAUAUGCGAAGAAAGACAGAUAACUAUGCACUCGACCAAAAAAAAAGCGACGGAUAUGAUGUUUGGAGGCAAUUUUUGUUCAGAAGUAGAGCAUUCUCCUAAAAAACUCUUCUCAAAUAGAAAGGAGAUAUCUCCAAAUUCACAGGAAAAGCUUCUACGGGCUUUAAAUAAUGGUGGUUUGGAUGACGUUGUUAAACUCUCCUAUUGUAUGAAGAAGCUUUGCUUUGAUAAAGGAGCAACAAAGAGUCCAUCAUUCUCGGUUCUAGAUGACGGGGAAACAUUUUUUGAGACAGAACAGACGAUCAAGAAGCAGAAGACUAUGAAUCAAUCUCUUCCUGAGGUUACUAAAGGAAUUCUCAAGUCACCAGACACUAUUUGCUCCAACCCUUAUUGCUUAAAGAACUCAUCAAUCCACGCACAAGUCCAUGAUGCUAUACUUUUCUCACAGCGCCAGAUGCAAGAUACUGAAAACAUUGCAACAAAGCUUUUAAAAGGACUAAAUAGUUUGAAGAGCAUUGUGGAAGAAACAAUAUUUUCGGAGGGACUAAAUUCUUCUCCUUCAAAGUUUAAUUUUGAUGAGAUCAGACUAGCUACAAAACAUGCUUCAAAACUUGAAGUAACGACAAAGAAGUGGCUAGCCAUGAUGGCCAAAGACUGCACCCGUUUCUGUAAAAUAAUGAGAUUAGCAGAGAACAAAUUGGCCUCUCCUGUAAAUGACCUCCACAAGGGAAGGAAGAAGAUAACAUUCGCUGAUGAGGCCGGUGGUGCUCUCUGCCAGAUCAAGAUCUAUCAGCAAGAACCAGUUGCUUUCAUCGUUCCCAAAAGCUGAUUCUAAUCCUUACAGGCAUUUGCUUCAAAGGUAAUUAUUUCUUCAUCAGUAUUAAAAGCUGCAACUAGGCUUAUUACUGUCUUUUUUGAAUUAUUCCUAAGAAUAUUUUUUGGUCAUUUGGCCUUUCUAAGCAGUUAAAAUAUUGUAUUUAUUU